UUUCAGGUGGUGCUUGUCUUUGCCCUCAGCAUCGGAGCCCUUGUAAUAUACUUCAUAGAUUCCUCUGACCCCAUCGAGUCCUGUCAGAACUUCUACAAAGACUUCACGCUACAGAUCGACAUGGCUUUCAACGUCUUCUUCCUCUUGUACUUUGGUCUGCGGUUCAUAGCGGCCAAUGACAAGCUGUGGUUCUGGCUGGAGGUGAACUCAGUGGUGGACUUCUUCACUGUUCCCCCGGUGUUCGUGUCCGUCUAUCUCAACAGGAGCUGGCUUG